AUGGCGGCGGCCACGGGGCGGCAGAGAUCAUCUGCUGUUAAGAUGGUGCUGGCGGCGCUCUUUGUCGCGGUCUGCAUGUUCGUGCUCCAAUCUAGAGAUUCGACUCCCAUGCAGUUCCGCGUGCGCGAGGCGGGGGUGACGCACGUGCUGGUGACGGGCGGCGCGGGGUUCAUCGGCUCACACGCGUCGCUGCACCUCCUCACGUCCGGCCACCGCGUCACCAUUGUUGACAACCUAUCGCGGGGCAACUGGGGCGCGGUGCAGGUGCUGCAGCGCAUAGCACCGGAGGGGCGGCUGCAGUUCAUCAAUGCGGACCUGGGGGACCCGCGCAAGGUAGAGGCGGUGUUUGCGAGCAACGCCAUCGACGUGGUGAUGCACUUCGCUGCCGUCGCUUAUGUGGGCGAGAGCAUGCAGGAGCCGCUCAGGUACUACCACAACGUGACGGCCAACACACUGACGCUGGUGGAGGUUAUGGGGCGGCACGGCGUGACACAGCUCAUCUACAGCAGCACGUGCGCCACGUAUGGCGAACCCAAGACCAUGCCCAUCACUGAGGAUACUGUGCAGGCGCCCAUAAACCCGUACGGCAAGUCAAAGAAGAUGGCGGAGGACGUCAUCCUCGACUACGCGCGCGCCAACCCUCGCCUCGCCGCCACCAUCCUCAGGUACUUCAACGUGAUAGGGUCGGACCCCAGUGGGCGGCUGGGGGAGGCGCCUCGCCCAGAGCUGAGGCACCACGGGCGCAUUACCGGGGCGUGCUUCGAUGCCGCCAUGGGCAAGAUUGACGGACUCAAGGUGAUGGGCACGGACUACCCCACAGCGGACGGCACGUGCAUCCGCGACUACAUCCACGUCACGGACCUCGUCAAUGCACACGUGGUCGCCAUGCACCACCUCACACCCGGCACUGUUAACAUCUACAACGUCGGCACUGGCAAAGGGUACUCGGUGCGGGAGUUCGUGAAUGCGUGUCUGAACGUGACAGGGGCGCCCAUAAAGGUGAUGGAGCAGAAGGCGCGGCGGCCGGGGGACUACGCGGAGGUGUACAGCGACCCCUCUAAGAUCUACCCGUGCAUACCCCGUGUGCAUGCACCAUGCCACAUAGCGCCUGACGCACCCCGCAGCCCCUCGCACGUGCCAUAUCCCAACGCCUCUCACUUCCCAUCACGCCUCUCACUUCCCAUCACGCCUCUCACUUCCCAUCACGCCCCUCACUUCCCAUCACGCCCCUCACUUCCCAUCACGCCUCUCACUUCCCAUCACGCCCCUCACUUCCCAUCACGCCUCUCACUUCCCAUCACGCCUCUCACUUCCCAUCACGCCUCUCACUUCCCAUCACGCCUCUCACUUCCCAUCACGCCCCUCCGCUUGCCCGGCGUGCCACCUGCCUCGCCCAACAACCCUCCCCAUCCUCUCCCUCUCCUCUCAAUCCCCUCUGAUCUCCGCUCUUCCUCUCCUCCCCCUCUCCUUUCCUCUCCUCUCUUCCCAUCCCCCUCCAUCCUUCCAUCCCCCAUCAUACCAUCCCCUCAACUCAUCCACCCAUACGUCCGUGGAUGCGUGCACACGUGUCACCAGGUGAUUCGCCGCGGCUUCAACGCACCAAAGGACGUGCAGCACAAGGGCAAGGUCGACCUGGUCACAGAAACGGACAAGCAAUGCGAGGCACUCAUCAUGCAGCACAUCUCAGCCGCUUAUCCCUCCCACAAGUUCAUAGGAGAGGAGGAGUCAUCGGAGCGGGGCACGGCGGGGCUGGGGGACGACCCCACGUGGAUGGUCGACCCCCUCGACGGCACCACCAACUUCGUGCACCGGUAUCCAUUCGUGUGUGUGUCCAUUGGGCUGGCCAUCAACAAGGCCGUCGUGGUGGGGGUCGUCUUCAACCCCAUCCUCAACGAGAUGUUCACAGCAAUGAGGGGCCAUGGUGCCAUGCUCAACGACGAGCCCAUCCAUGCAUCUUCGCAAGCAGACAUGGGGUCAGCGCUACUCGCCACUGAGAUAGGCACCAAGAGGGACGCAGGCACGGUGGCAGGGCUGACAGGGCGCAUCAGCAACCUGCUCUUCCAGGUGCGGUCGCUGCGGCUGUCAGGGUCGUGUGCGCUGAACCUGGUGGGCGUGGCAUGCGGCCGCCUCGACCUCUUCUACGAGAUCGGCUUCGGUGGACCCUGGGACGUAGCAGCGGGGUCGCUGAUCGUGGAGGAAGCGGGCGGCCUCUGCUUUGACCCGUCAGUGCCCUCCCUUCGCCCUCCCUGCUCUAAAGACCUCUACCACCCGCUGCCAGUGGUGUUCGCGGAGGCGCACGGCGCGCGCAUCACGGACCCCGAGGGGCGCGAGUACCUUGACUUCCUCUCCGCCUACUCCGCCGUCAACCAGGGCCACGGCAACGCGCGCAUACUGGCGGCGCUGCAGCAGCAGGCGGAGCGGUGCACGCUGUCGUCGCGCGCCUUCCACAACGACCGCUUCCCGCUGUUCGCGCAGCGCAUCACGGCGCUGAUGGGGUACGACAAGGUGCUGCCCAUGAACACGGGCGCUGAGGCCGUCGAGACCGCGCUCAAGGUGGCGCGCAAGUGGGCGUACGAGAAGAAGGGUGUGCCCGCCAACCAGGCGCUGGUGAUCUCGUGCUGCGGGUGCUUCCACGGGCGAACCAUGGCGGCCAUCAGCAUGUCGUGUGACAACGACGCCACGCGCGGCUUCGGCCCGCUGCUGCCCGGCCACCUCAAGGUGGACUUCGGGGACGUGGACGGGCUGCAGCGCCUGCUGGCGGAGCACGGCCCACGGGUGGCGGCGUUCAUAGUGGAGCCCAUCCAGGGCGAGGCGGGCGUGGUGGUGCCCCCGGAGGGCUACCUGCGGGCGGUGCGGCAGCUGUGCUCCCAGCACGGCGUGCUGCUGCUGGCCGAUGAGAUCCAGACGGGCCUCGCCCGCACGGGCAGGAUGCUCGCGUGCGACCAUGAGGGCGUGCGCCCUGACGUGCUCAUCCUGGGCAAGGCGUUGGGAGGGGGGGUGGUGCCAGUGAGUGCGGUGCUGGCGGAUGAUGACGUCAUGGGGUGCAUCCGACCGGGCGAGCACGGCAGCACGUUUGGCGGCAACCCGUUGGCGUCAGCAGUGGCGCUGGCGGCGCUGGCGGAGAUUGAAGAGGGUGGGCUGGCCGACAGGGCGCAGCGGCUGGGGGAGCAGCUACAGGCGCAGCUGAAGGCAGUGCAGGUGCGGUACCCCCACCUGAUCCACGAGGUGCGGGGGCGAGGGCUGCUGGUGGCGGUGCAGGUGGCGGGGGAGGGGCUGCCGGGGGGAGUGACGGCGCUGGACGUGUGUGUGGCGAUGAAGGAGCGCGGCGUGCUGGCCAAGCCCACCCACAACACCAUCAUCCGCCUCGCUCCCCCCCUCACCAUCUCGGAGGAGGAGCUGGGGCGGGCAGCAGCAGCGCUGGAGGCGGUGUUGGGGGAGGACAUGCCGCGCCUUGUGGCGCAGGCUGCUGCUGCAGGCGCCGACAACAAGACGCACAGCAAGGAGCCCUGCGACCGCUGUGGCCGUGUGCGCUGA